CUGUCAAAUGGGACCAGAUAAUGCGUGUGUUGUGGACAGUGUGCAGAUAGUGAAGGUCGUUUCCUUCUCCUCCUUCCUCCACUGGGAGCUGUCCCUUUAACGUGGAAGGAGGGGCCAAGGCCACUGGGAGCGCUGGUGCCCAGGCAGGCUGGUCAGCUGUGGCCCAGCUAGCCUGGGGACUGCUGGGCAGGAAGCCCACAUUCUUGGGCUCCAGAGCAGAGGUGAGGCCCAGGUGGCCGUGAGAGGAGUCUGGUUUGGGCGGCCUGGGUAACUCACGGCCAGUGACAUCCCCCAUACAAGAGGUGCCCUUCGCGGAACUGCGUGGAGGUGGCUCAGACUUCGCCAUGGCGCCAUGCCUGGGGAAUCCCGGAGCCGUCCCAGCAAGGACCCCGGGGUCAAAUCGAGGAGCAGGAGACCUGGAACCCGGACCGAAAGUGGACAAGUUCAGGCUUGUGGCCCUCCAGGUGGUUGUGGGAAUGGAGUGCUCACUGGCAGAGCGUGCUAAUAGUGAGCACUUCCACAUAGUCACGCCCCUGCUGGAGAGCUGGGCACUGUCCCAGGUGGCGGGCACAACUGUCUUCCUCAAGUGUGAGAAUGUGCAGCCAACUGGCUCCUUCAAGAUCCGGGGCAUUGGGCAUUUCUGCCAGGAGGUGGUCAAGAAGGGAUGCAGACACCUGGUGUGCUCCUCAGGCGGUAACGCAGGCCUCGCUGCUGCUUACGCUGCUCGGAAGCUGGGCAUCCCUGCCACUGUUGUGCUCCCUGAAGGCACCUCCCUGCAGGUGGUGAGCAGGCUGCAGGGGGACGGGGCUGAGGUUCAGCUCACUGGAAAGGUCUGGGACGAUGCCAAUCUGAGGGCACAAGAGUUGGCCAAGAGGGACGGUUGGGUGAAUGUUCCUCCGUUUGACCACCCCCUGAUAUGGGAAGGCCACGCCAGCCUGGUGCGGGAGCUGAAGGCAGCGCUGGGAGCCCCGCCAGGAGCCCUGGUGCUGGCGGUAGGGGGUGGAGGACUCCUGGCUGGGGUGUCAGCUGGCCUGGCAGAGGUGGGCUGGCAGCAUGUGCCCGUGGUUGCCAUGGAGACCCGAGGGGCGCACUGUUUCAAUGCAGCCAUCAAGGCAGGCAGGCUAGUGACACUGCCAGCUAUCACCAGUCUGUGCAAAAAAUGGCACAAUCAUGGUUACAGAGUCAGAGGAGUGAUGUGCAUUUGUCAGUCAUUCAUGGGACACACAAUUUUGGAGCACCUCCUGGUGCCAGUGUGGCCAAGUGCCUCGGUGCAAGGACUGUGGCUGCGCAGGCCCUGGAAUGCACGCGGGAGUUCAAGAUCUUCUCUGAGGUGGUGGAGGAUGUGGAGGCCGUGUGUGCUGUGCAGCAGUUCCUGGAUGACGAGCGCAUGUUGGUGGAGCCUGCUUGCGGGGCAGCCUUGGCUGCCAUCUACUCAGGUCUCCUCGGGAGGCUCCAGGCUGAGGGCCGCCUGCACCCUUCCCUGGCCUCUGUCGUGGUCAUCGUGUGUGGAGGCAAUGGCAUUGACAGCCGAGAGCUGCAGGCUCUGAAAGCCCAGCUGGGUCAGAGCUGAGAGCUCCUGGUCUGGGAUGGACCUUCUGUCGCUGGCUGGGGCCUCUGUCAUGGGCUGUAGUGGACACUGCCCUGGGCUCCUGUGCAAGCCACCUCUUGCAGGAAGCCCUCUUAAUGGCUCCCUUUGGCUACCCUACAGCCCUGGCCAAUAAACACUUUCUGAAUUGAA